UACACGGGACAAGAGGCAAACUGCUACAGAUCCAUCCUUCCUGCCACUGCCAGCCAGAUCAAUUCCGUUGGCUGUGUGGUCCCUGAGGAGUGCAUGAAAGUCUGCCAGUCUGAAGUUGGUUGCUCCAAUAUUGCGUACCCUAAGCUGGUUAUUGACCUGAUGCCCAGCGGCUUGCGUGGACUGAUGAUCGCAGUAAUGAUGGCGGCACUUAUGUCUUCACUGACCUCCAUCUUUAACAGCAGCAGCACUCUCUUCACGAUGGACAUCUGGCGGAAGAUCAGGAAGAACGCCAAUGAUAAGGAGCUUCUGCUGGUGGGAAGGAUAGUGACUGUCGUCCUUGUUAUAAUCAGCGUGGUCUGGAUCCCCAUCCUACAGACCGCCAACAGCGGCCAACUCUACGUAUACAUACAGUCCGUCACCAGCUACCUGGCGCCGCCAGUCACAGCCAUCUUCGGCUUGGCAGUGUUUUGGAAGAGAGCCAACGAGCAGGGUGCAUUUUGGGGUCUGAUGGUGGGCCUUGCGAUUGGACUAGUGCGGAUGAUCAUGGAGUUUGUGUAUCCCAUACCCCGUUGCGGAAUUCCUGAUGAGAGACCGUCAAUCUUGAAGGACAUCCACUACCUGCACUUUGCCAUCAUCUUAUGCGCGCUGACGGUGGGAGUCGUGGUGGGGAUCAGUCUGUUAACUGAGCCUCCUCUCCACUCCCAGGUGACAAACCUCACAUGGUGGACAAUACCCCGAGGCAGGAACCCACCAGAGAUGACCCUCAGAAAAAUAUCCAGUCGAAGCCACACCUGCCGAGGAGAGAACGAAGCUCCAGAAAAUGGUGCAGUGCGCAGUCGGACCUGCAGCAGUGUGUUCUGCAGCCAACCCAAAGAAGCAGCGGAGACCCCUAACCCUCUUCAGCAGCAGAGUAUUCAAGAGGAUCCGUUCUGGGCGCGCGUGUGCUGCAUUAAUGCCAUCAUUCUGAUAUGUGUCAACAUUUUCUUCUAUGCAUAUUUUGCCUAAAAUGCCAAGAUCGGAGGGAAAACGCCUAAACAUUAGUAAUCUCGCUGCCCUGUAAAUGAAUACCUUUCGAUGCCAACUGGCUGUCGCAGUGAAGGAGAUGAGGAUAACGCAUCACAUCUUUAAUAAUGUGGUAACUAAAGACGCCUGCACAACUUUACAUGGUACUAGCCUGGGCCAGCCGUGGAUCUGCUAAUUGCUGACACUUUCCUAUUGAAUCAUUUACCAGAACCACACGCAUGUCAACAGUAUAUACUUUCAGUGCUCCGGUUAAAUACUAUUGGAUCCGGCAGCCAGAGCUGGCAAUGCAUGACACGUGACAAAACCAAGAUGGCGGACCACCGAGCCUAAACAGGCAGGAAGGUGGCAUUCCUGAGAUUGUGUGAAUGAAUAAAGUACAAUUAUUGAAU